ACAUCUUAAAAAUCCGAUUCUUGUUUGAGGGCGAUCAAAAUCUGAAUGUGUAAUAUACGCUGAAGAGGGUUUGUUUUUAAAUCGCAGGAACGCCCCUCAUGUUUAGUUGAAUAGAUUUAAUAACAAGACGUCCACGUUUGACACUUCCAUAAUGAAGAUAUUAAAACACCUACAUCCAGUAACGUUUUAAUCAGUGAAGCAACGUAACCCACAUUCAGUUACCACUUGAUGAAUUUGAUUCGGAUUCUGAAACCAGAAUCUAAAAUGAGCAAUCCGUCAGAAUCUAUCAAGCCUUCCUUGGAUGGCAAUGAAGGGAGCACAGGUGCGCAAACAAAUGGGCUGGACUUCCAACGGCAGUCCAUUCCAACAGGAGGGCCAAUUACAACAGCUCAGGCCUUACUAGGACAACUACAGCAGGUGCAACUUCCUGGAACAACUUUGCAACCAACUCCUUCACAAACAUUAAAUUUACAGGUAAAAAGUGAGGAAUCGGGGGAUUCUUCGUCCCAGCAGACAACAACUCAGCCUUCACUGCAGCCAUCUUUACAGACCACCCUACCACAGACACAGCUUAUGCUUGCUGGAGGGCAGAUCACUGGGUUAACAUUGACAACAGCACAGCAGCAGUUGUUAAUCCAGCAAGCACAGGCCCAGCUACUGGCUGCUGCAGUCCAACACUCAGCAAAUCAGCAGCAUAAUGCCACAGGAGCAACUAUCUCUGCCACAACAGCGACUCCUAUGGCACAAAUACCCAUCACUCAACCAAUCCAAAUACAAGAUCUGCAACAAUUACAGCAGUUACAGCAACAGAACUUGAAUCUGCAGCAGUUUGUUCUGGUGCAACCGGGUCACCCAAUCACCACCAACCUGCAACCAACGCAGUUCAUCAUCUCACAAACUCCACAGGGACAGCAAGGUCUCGUACAAGCCCAGAACCUUCUACAACAACUACCUCAGCAAAGCCAAGCCAACCUCCUGCAGUCUCAGCCAAGCAUCACCUUCAGCACGCAGCCAGCAACACCAACACGCACAACUAUAUCAACGGCUCCUAUCCAGUCGGUACAACAGAGCCAGUCGACACCAAAGCGCGUAGAUACUCCUAACAUAGAGGAACCAAGUGACCUUGAGGAACUUGAGCAGUUUGCCAAGACGUUUAAGCAGAGACGUAUCAAACUUGGGUUCACUCAGGGCGAUGUAGGACUUGCCAUGGGAAAACUCUAUGGAAAUGAUUUCAGCCAAACUACAAUCUCUCGUUUUGAAGCCUUGAACCUCAGCUUUAAGAACAUGUGCAAGCUCAAACCAUUGCUUGAAAAGUGGUUGAAUGAUGCAGAAAAUUUGUCAGUGGACUCUACACUGUCAAAUCCCAGUUCCCUGGCUUCUCCGGGUCUGGGAAUCGAAGGGCUGAGCCGCAGGAGAAAGAAACGCACCAGCAUAGAGACCAAUGUUCGAGUGGCCUUAGAAAAGAGUUUCCUGGAGAACCAAAAGCCUACCUCGGAGGAGAUCAUGAUGAUUGCUGAUCAGCUGCAGAUGGAAAAGGAAGUGAUCAGAGUCUGGUUCUGUAAUAGACGCCAGAAGGAGAAGCGGAUAAAUCCUCCCAGCAGUAACAGUGGCACUACCACUACUACCAAAACGAACUUUAACAACCCCACCUCCAUGGUUAGCACUAGUAACCUUGUGACAAGUAGUACACCAACUACUCGGGCUGUAAAUGCAAUGCAGAUGCCUGUGUCCAGUGCCGGUGUAACAAGCUUCAGCAUUUCAGGUACAACUGCAUCAGUGACAGCUUCAACAAAUGUGGCAUCUGUAAUCACUGGCUUAUCUUCUGCAGUUUCCACAUCAACAGUUACUUCUCCAGCUCUAACCCCUUCACCAUCAGCGUCUAUUUCAGUUACUGAGUCGUCCAGCAGCAGUGAUACCAGUACCACACAGACAACCUCAACUGGCUUAGUAAAUCCUUUGUGCACAAGCCAAAUCAUGGUGUCAGCUUCUGGACUGCAGACAGCUGGCACUGCGCUACAAGCAGGAGCUGCACAGGUACCCGCUGGUGCUGGGCUUGCUACCAAUCCAAGCCUAGCAGCCAUGGCUGCUGCUGCAGGACUAACUAAUCCUGGCCUCAUGUCAGCCCCUCAGUUUGCAGCUGGAGGUGCCUUACUCAGUCUGAAUCCAGGGAGUCUUGGUGGUGCUCUUGGUCCAGCAUUAAUGAGUAAUAGCACACUGGCAACUAUUCAAGCGCUUGCAUCCAGUGGGACACUUCCUAUAACAUCCCUUGAUGCCGGUGGAAAUCUAUUGUUUGCAAAUGCAGCGAAUGCAGGGGCUACCCCAAACAUCGUUACAGCCCCUCUUAUUUUGAACCCACAAAACCUCUCCUUACUCACCAGCAACCCAGCCGUAAGCCUGAUAUCUGCUGCCGGGACAACUGGACAUGCACCCAGUCUUCAGAUGGCUUCUAUGUCAACUGAUUCCAGCCAGAACUCUUCAUUCACUGUGACCUCGGCAGGCGGGGCCACCAAUACCACCAAGGCUCAAUGAAACAUAAUCCCUAAAAUGGAUCAUUUCAUCCAGUAAUGGGAUGUUUAGUCAGCUGCUUCCUGCAAAAGCAAAACUGAUGUUUGCCUAAAUUUUUUAACUUGCUUGUUUUUCAGGAUUGUGUCACCAAUGACAAAAAAAAAGACUUUUACCAAAAAGGAAACACGUGAAUAUUUAUCGUUUCAGACGGUCGUAACAAUAUAGGAGUCAUUAACAAUGCAUAGGCAAGGGUUCUGUCUCCUCUUGGUAUCUAUUUUAUUAGUUCUUUUUAAUUGUGUGUUUAUUUUAAUUAGGUCUGUUGUACAGGCCUCUUUGUUUCAUAAAGGUGUUUAUAUCAUGUAUAAAUAGCAUGGGUUUCUUUAACUGGUACAGUUUAGGCAGGCCUGUACUUGGGAUGCUUGUGCAUCUUUUUUUCCUUGUGUAUACUGUUAAAAAAAAUUACGUUAAGUUUUUUAUUUUGUUGUUCAACUAAUGUCUUUUGAAAUGGUUUUCUUUCUUAAAAAAAGUUGUUCCUUGUCGGGUACACUGUAGAUUUAUGCACCGUUUGUAUAAAGUGGUUUACUGUUGGUUAUUUUUGUAGGAAAGAUUCAAAGAUAGAUGCAUUGAGACAAAAGUUCAUGAACUGGUGGUUUUAAAAACAUUAAUUGUUUUUAAAAUUCCUGAAGUUUGUCUACCCUACCUAAAUCUAUUGGCUGGGGUAUAUUAGCUCAUGUCAUAUCAUCAGAGAUAUUGAUCCAGUUGGCUGAACUGGAAAUGGAGGCAGUGUUAAAGUCGGUGGAUCAUAAGUAUCUUAUAAUGCUUUUGUCUUUGCUCGGAUACUGAUGUUAGUUGGAACCAUCAUGGGAUAUGGUAGAGAUGAGCAAACUACACUGCAAAUCGGGCCAGCCAUGAAAAGGUCUCCAAUGGGGAAAAUUCAUGACCUAGUUUCUAGAACUGGUUUAUUUAUAGAAACUAGAUAAUAUGACCCCUGUAGAGCUUGUUAACAUAUCUCAUGUUGCUUCAGUUCGGAGUUUGUUUAUCAGUAAUAGAAAUUAGGUUUGCUAUGAAAUGAGAGGCUUACAGUAUGCACAGUAUGGCUUGAACCAUAGCUGUAAGCGUAUUGAAACCAAAAAUUAAAGGACUGGAGUAGAACAUUGCAGUUCACAUGGAGUAAAAAUGGUGCCUGUCAUAUGCUUGGGAAGAUAGCGUGAAUAACUGUACUGCACCCUCUGUGUCUUUUGGUUAAUAAAUAACUGUUUACUUAGCUACUUUUUGCUGAGUUGCCCACUGGAAAUAAAUGUGAGGUGAUAGUUCUUUUUUCAGUCAAUGAGCACAUAAUUUUUCUUCUGAUUAACACAUAACUGAUUCUUAAAUAUUAGGAUUGAAUCAAGUGAGUGUUCAUCUGGACAUCCCUGUACACUGUUACCAUGUUGUUUGCCCAAACUGCUGCACUAAAACAGUAUAAAUUUACUUAAACCAGCUGGGUACUUGAACUAAUUUUGGUAUUGGAUUUGCAUGGUUACUGCUUGGUCUUUUUGAUGGUAACAAUAACUGGAUGCAAGUAAGCCAAUUCAUUAACCUGUUUUUAAGAAAAAAUGACAGUCACCAUUUUUGUUCCUUGUUAGUAACUACAUUAAUCUCCUUUUCAAGACAUAAAGAUUGCAGUGUUGGUAGUGUUACGUUACCAGACUGCAAAUUAAAUAAAUAUAGCUGCCUACCAAAUAUGGACAGCUAUUGAAGCUUGAACCAAAGUCAAUUUUACCUAGCUGCUGUACCAAUGACAUUGUUUGCAUGAGUGCAGUUAAUAGGCAUCAGUAAUUUAGUUGCUACAUUUAAAAGGUAGUUACUAUCUUGUACUUUUUAAUGUCAUUUUUCAGGUAAAAGGAGAAUUUUAUGUUGCAGAGUUGUAACCAUUUUGUCAAGAGUCUGGUGCAACCAAUUUUCAUUGGGCAAAUCAAAUUUACUAAUGUAGACUGGUGUUAGUUGUAUUAUGGAUGUUAGGUUUCAAGAUUACACUUUCUAUGAGUGCUAAAGUAUACAGAAUCGAUCUUGUGAGAAAUCAUACUGGUGUCUUUAAGAUGUACUGCUGCAUUGCUUGUUUUCUGUUGAUCUACUAUUUUGACUGGAAGUAGUCAAUCAAAAUUUUAGGCAAAUAUUUCUGUCUUUAUAGUAGGUUACGGGCUUUGGACCAGUGGGGAAGUGUUUGGAGCACCUAGGCAAACAUAAACUAAAAUACCUUACUCCUUUGACAGAUUUGUUCAAUUCUUUUGGGUCUUUUAAUGGUAUGAAAUAACUGCCCAAUUUUUAUUGUUAUCUCCCAUUGUGCAAUGUUGUAAUGAUACAAAAAAUGCAAAAAUGUGCAUACUAUCUUGCACCUGGAAGGAGUGAAUGGUACAUCAAAAACACAAACUAUGCAAUGAAAUUUUUUUUAAGAUGGAUCCCACCCCCCUCCUCCUCCUCACACGCACAUAUCAUUUUCAAUAAUCAAUUGAAUUCAUGCUUAAUGCCAAAUUGCCCUUUCCACAAAAUCAUGAUAUGUAUUGGGAAAAUAAAAUUCACAUAAAAUUGAUGCUGAAUAUUCAUGUAAAACUGAAGUACAAUUGUCAAGUUGAUCUGUGUUGCAUAUCCACCAGGUAGCAUAGCUAGGGACUUGUAAACAGAUUGGUUUUUCACUUUAAGAAUGAUUCAUGGGGGGAGAAAGUCGGACAGGCCAGUUUCAACAGUUUAGAUCGGUGGUAUUGAAAUUGCUUCGGUAUAUUUUGGGGAUAGCAAUGCAUGAUGCUUUAAGUAGUGUUUGAUUUAAAGACAAAAUGUUAAAAUCGUUAAAUUGGAACCCAACUAAUCAGAAGCAGGAAAUAUACCAAUCAAUUUUAUUGAUUGAAUUGAAUAUAAUUUUAUUUAUUUGAGGUAAAUUGAUAAGGAUUUAUUAAUUUCCCAAUUAAGGUUAGAAAAUGUUGCCAUUGACUUUUCACUUAAUUUGCUGUGAACAAAUUUAUUGAAAAAAUAGGAUGGAAAAUAAACUUAACUGAAGAAAGCUAUUUCAUUUCUAAGUGCAGAGUAUAACUUCAUGCAACCAGUUGAUAGAGGUAAUGAUACAUGGAAUGAUGAAAUUCUCCCUUAGCUUCUUACUUUACAGUUAAGUUUUAAAACCAGCUAGGACACAUUUCUGAAACUGAAUGGUAUUGUACAAUAAAAUUUAACGGUUAAAAUAGGUGUUUUAUUUAGAAACCAAUUAAUUUAGUAGCAGGCCAUAUUGUUAUUCAUUUGAUCCAGCUAAAUAAAAUUUAAUUUCUUUCAGUUUGAUAAAUAUUUAAAAAGUUGCUAAUUAAGAUGAGAUGAGGUUUGUGGUAAAUCAUAAAAUAUUAGUUACAUUUGGAAGUUUUUGCUGAUGGUUUUUCCCUUACAUGAAAAUAUUUUAUUUCGAAUUGCAUUGUAUGUUAGAAUCAUAGAAUUGUUAUAGCAAUUUCAGGAUUUAUAGUGGUUCUAUAAUUCCUUGCAUUAGGACUUUAAAACAAGAGACACAAUUUUUUCAUGUUAAAGAACUAACUUCUCAAAACUAAAGCAAAAUUCCUUAAGCAGAUAGAAAUAAAAUUUUAUUUUCAAUAUAUCGUAUUUCAGAAGGAUUACCAAAUUGAUGUUUUUAUAAGCAAAUGCUACUCAUCUUCCUCAGGCAAUAGAGCUAAGACUAGAUAUGUAUUAACAUACUUGCUAAAUUUUCACUGAAGAUGCGCAAAAAAGUUUAUAAAAUGAUCUAGACUAUAUGCGACUUUUAUUCCUGACCUAUGGUUCCUGCAUCCGGGGACACAUUAUUUUCUAUAUAUGCUUUAUAUGCUGCUUGGAUCUCAAUUUUCAUUACACAGAUUGAAAUCAAUAUGCACAGAUAUCUAGCAUAUUUAGAGUGUUUAUCUUUAAUGUUUCUUAUUCAUUUACUUUUAGAUCUAGCAUCACAGUUAUUUAUUGCCCAUCCUAAUAGUUUCUUACGAAGAAGGUAGAAAACGACCUUCAACGGCUUGCUCUGUCACUUCUGAGUGAGUUUAAAAGUGUACUAUAUAGGAUGGUCCUGGAGUUAAGGAUUGUGCUUUUCUACCCUGAUGGAUGUUAGUAAACCAGAUGAGUUACUAUGACACUGAUAAUGUUCAUCAUUACUAAGACUAAUUAUUGUUUUUCCAAAUUCCAGAGUAAUCAAAUUUUAAAUUUUGGCUUUGGCCAAUUGUUUAACUUUAAAACUAAAUUUUAUUGUGUACAUGUACACUUGAUGAAGCCAAAUAAUUUUGAUGUACAAAUUAACACAUGCAAGUAUACCUCAUUUUAAGCAUUAGAUUGAGUCAUAGUCAUAGUAAUUUUGUUUAGUUGAAUUCAUAAAGCAUGAUCAUGUUUUAAAUAUCAUUGUCAGCUAAUAUCUAAUAAUUCUGUGAGAGAUAUCCAAAAAAUUAUCUAGGUUUAAACUAUACUGAUUUGUUAUACCCUUGAUCUGAAAUGUCUUUGGCAUUUGGCAUUAUUUGUUCCUUUAUACUGUUUUCUUUGACAUUUCAUUCUCUGUCUUUUAAAUUCUCAUAUUAGGGAUGUAACCAAAGUAUCAAAAGCUAUGCACCAUAUCCAGAUUUUAGUAAGAAUCCACAUCAAAAUAACCCUACAGGCAUCUAAUAUUUAUUUAUAAGAACUGUUUAAAUCUUGGCAUUCAUUCCAGCAGUGAAAAUGGCAGUAUCAUUUAUACAGAUUAAUUCAUAUAGUGUAUAUUCCCCUUUUCUUUCCUGUUGCGUUUUAUGAAACAAAAGAUAUUUAAAUUAAUUGUAGAACUGAAUUCUCAUUUAUAGUAGUAUGUCACUAAUCCAAAUAUGUAGAACCACUCUCUCAAGUUAUUAAAAGUAUAUAAUCCUUUUUGAUUUGUCUGCUGUGUCUCCUAUGCCUAAAAGAUAUAAAUUGUUUUACAAUAUUAUAUUUAAUUCAUAAAACACUACAGAACAUUGCCACUCUUUUGCUUUCAUUGGCUCAUUAAAAGACCUUUCCAAUUGGUUCCACUUCACUGGUGUCCAAAGCCCUGAAUGUUUUAUAUGUCUAUUAAAUUACUCCUAAUGAUUAAUCUAUCGAUAAAUUGAUCUUUUAAAAUUUACUUUCCUUUGGCUAUUUUGCUAAUUAUCAAAUCUCUGCCCUUUCUAGGUGUUUUCAAAUGUUACUGGAAUGAGUUGUUGGUUGUUGUUGGAGGUUUAUCUUGGUUGAAUACAGUGAGCGCUAUAUUUGGGAGUUCCGUUUGUCAUCUGAAAGAAGGAAACUGAUAUUCCACUUUUGUAUUAUAUUUAGAUCUGUGUUGAACUUUGGAGAGCUGUCAUAAACGUACAGAUGCAGUUGUCCUGUCUGAAAGCUGUAAGGCACUAAGUGGUUCUUGUGUAAAUGAUGGAUGGCUCUCUAAAGUUAACUAAUACAUUGCCAUCUUUUAAGUGAACCAGCUUGGAGGGAUAGGAGAAAUUCCAUAAAGAUACAUUACUAAUCUUACCCAGUGUAUCAUGAUUUUUUUAAAAUCCAGUAAAAUGCUGGCUUUAAGAUAUUUGUACAAACAUUAUCAUUGGGAAAUAAGAUGUACCUUCCACCCUUCCAUCCUAUAGAUAGAAUGUAAGCAUAAUUUUUCAUCAUUGCAAUCUUUCUAUGAAGAAAAUAAAUACCUCAGCAUCGCUUAGCAAUUGCAAGCUUGCUUUGCAAACGCAAAAUCUAUUCCUGAUUAAUAUGAUUGUAGAGUUAGAGAUUAGUAUUAGUUUUUGGGUGAUGUUCUGUACUUAAAAUAUUUAUGGAUUUGGUUUCUCUCUUUAAAGUUAAUCUUCAUAACUAACAAAAGAAAUUAUAUGUGAUUCUAUUUGCCAAAGCAAACACCGCCUUUUAAUCCCUAUUAAAUUGUGGCCUAAGUUUUAGUAUGCCUCAUCUCACAGUUUUUAAAAUAGUUAAAAUUUAUAUCGUACAUUUUUUAAACAAUGUCAAACUGCUCAUUUUCCACUGGCCUUUUGUCAGAGAAAUGUUCAAUGUUAGGAGGUAGGAGAGGGUUCCACUAUAUAAAAGGGAUUUUCUAAAC